AUGAAUCUUCAACGAACUGAAGAUCGUCCUGAGGAAGUCGUCGAGUUUGAUGUAGCGUUUGCCGGAGUGAUAACGGAUGUGAGUUUUGUGUCUAUCGAUCCAUCUGGUAGAAGUGAUUUGUUGAAGAUCAUCGAUCAGGCGUUGAACCGUGGAUCGAUUGCUCCAAUGCACAGCCUUCAACCAGGGUCUCAUCGGAUCAGUAUCCAUCGUGACCACCUACAAAUCUGCUCAACAAGUACACAG